GCGACUGCUCGCUGCCGAUAGUUGUUGUUUGAGCUCCUGCCCAAACAAAGAUGGAGCGGGAAUGAGUGGCUUGUAAUGAGGAAAUGGCAAACGACCCUCUCUCGCCCAUCGCGCCGGCGCGCGUACGGGUGCUUGUCCUGCCCGCCGGGCGCAUCAAGAAGCAUCGCUUCAUGUCCUUCCUGGAGCGACUGCAACAGCACGACAGGGUACGACUAGGAGACAUCAGUCCCGACACCAAAUCCAACAAUUCGCUCUUCUCGCCGCUGGCCUUCCCGAAUGGCUCUCUCCUAUACAACUUCUCGACGUCAAUGGCGCCGCCGUCGCAUGCCCAACUGGCCCCUUUCGAUCUCUUCCGAGAGUCCAUGAUGGUGCUGGGCAUUGCCGACGCCCUCGAGUACGAGUCCUCCCCCAAGGACGAAUUGCAGCAUGUAGUCAAGAGACUAGCCGAACAGCAUCCCAAGAUGCUCUUGUCGCAGCUACUUGUGAUGGAUUGCACUCCUGAGCAGCAGAACAACUGGAGCCUGGACGAUGCCAUCUGCGUCCCACCCUCGCACGCCUCCAAGACGACGACCAUGAACACAAUCAUGUGUGACAUCUCAGCCAAGCUGCUGUCUGAGAUGGCUACAUAUGCGACCGCCGUACAAGCUCUGCCAAGUGUUCAGUCACCAGGAGCCUCAACUCGUCCCACAGACUCCCGCCCGUACCUGGACCGUUCCUUGUCGUUACGUACGGACGCAUCACGUCCAGAGUCGCCCGCUGAAUCCUCCGCCGUCCUUUCUCCCUCCGAAACCCCUCCGUCCAAGGCUCCACCUACAAAUUUCGACGAUAUGGGAGCGCACACGAGGUCCGACAGUGGCAGCAAGAUUGCGAAUAGAGAUCGCAUGUCGGUUCAGACUUUUGGAUCCACGAGUGCGCAAGAAAGAGCAAAGAAUAAGGGGAAAGCAAGAGUCGGUAUCGUCAUAGGCAAUCUAUACAUGCUUGCCGGACGUUGGAACGAUGCCUGGCGAGAACUUGUCGAGCAUACAAACAAGGCUCGCUCUGCCUCGGACUACCUGUGGUACGCCAAGGGUCUAGAAAGUAUCGUGGUCUGUAUGCUUCUGCUCAUCUGGUCUGGCUUCGACUUUCCAAUUCCCGCCAUCUGCAAUUCUGGUCCUGACAGAUCUUCAUCCAUAAUCUCCUCCGCCAUUACCAGAGAUGGUGUACCGCCCAUAGGCCAACAGGACCCCACUGCGGCGAAAAACGCCGCUGUGAGGGCUUCCAGGCUACUACCAGAUCUGGUGCCCAUGAUCAUCUCUGUCUACGAAAGGACAACUGUUCUAGCCGGCGAGCCCAUGUCUCCGGUCGCAUACUCGGAGAGUGUGCUGAGAUUGUCAAAGCUACUGGCUUUCCUUCAGAAUGCAGGCGGUGAACUGGAUUCUACCAUCUUGCAAAAAAUCGCUUCCACCUCCAGUCGAUCACUGUACCAACCCAGGAUCAAUGCUAGCUUAUCCGGCGGCAUAUUAAAGCACGCCAUUGCUGACAUGGCUCUACGAGCAUACCCACCGCCAAGUGCUGGCGUUCCCCUUGCCGAUGUAGUAGCGUUCCAAUCAGGUAUCGUGUCUGUUCUAUCUAUGCUUGGACUUGAACGGAAAAAGGCAGUCAUCGUGAAAGAGAUGAUCACUUCGCUCGUACCAGCUCUCGUCCAAGCGAGAAAGGUCGGUGCUGCUGAAAUGGGCAUUCAUCCUGCUGCAAGUUUGUCUGCCGCUUUCAGCACAGGACUUACGCCUUCGGUUACCAACGAUGAUCAAGUAGGUCUUGGUGACCUCCUGAGAGACCUUCAUUAUACGUAUGGUGCUCGCGACCGGAGCCACCACGACUCGACGAAUGUGGCAUCCGGGACAGGCCUGGAGAAUGCCCUAGACAUGAUGAUGGAUGCUACGAUCGCAAUGGCUACCCAAUCUGCUAGUACAAAGUCGUUUGGCAGCGUCAAUCUCAAAAUCGAUAUCCUUAGAGCGUGCAUCGAUUUCUGUGAAGCAUUGCCCGAUUUGCCAGGUGUAGUGCACUUCUCCGCUCUCCUGUUGCGAGUUGUCGGCCCACAAGGAACCAUGACUGCACAUGAGCAUAACCGUCGCGUUACAUUAGUCACAGAGGAGCAACUUCGCCUAAUCUCAAACAUGGCAAGAACUAUCAAUGCUGCUAGCAAGAUCGGCCUUCCAAACAUUCAGGCUGCAUAUUGGGAUGACUUCAUUGUCCGCGACGUCCAAUGGGUCGAUGACACAAACAACGAGAAGCUACGAGAGCGUCAUAAGUCUGAUCUCUUGUUCGAUCAGAGCAACAAACCAGGGAAAUCGCCAUUCUUGUACAAUCCUUUCGCCAAAGAAACACAUAAGACCGAAGAGAAGAUAGUUGUUGUAGGUGAACCAGUCGAGCUCGUCGUCACCCUUCAAAAUCCAUAUGACUUCGAGAUCAAGAUCGAACACUUAUCGCUGGUGACCGACGGGCCAGCGAUUGACGUUGAUCAACAACCUGUCAUUCUAGGCUCCGCUCGACUUCAGAAUGUUAUGAUCACUGCGCGUGCCAGAAAGGGUGGCCAAAUCCGUAUCAUUGGAUGCUCCAUCCGGAUAUCCGGCUGCAAGGAUCAAGUCUUCCCAAUUUACCAGUCGUACUGGAAACCUGAUUUUCCUGUCAAGAUCAAGGACCUUGGCCUCACGGCUCGUGACGCAACCUCUAUCACCACACAGUCCAAGAACUCAAAAGGCCGUGCAUCGAAGCCUGUCCAGCCCAAACCCACGGAAGUCUCAGCUACGGCCAUUCAAGCUCAGCCACACAUUGUAUUCGACAGCCUCAGUAUCUCAGAGUCUGCUCUGAUGGUCCUUGAAGGACAAAAGAAGUCGUUUCGCGUCACUCUUCGAAACACUUCGGCGGAUAUCGCUGUUGAUUUCUUGCACGUUUCUUUCGAUGACUCCUUAACGUCUUCCAUCCAUACUGCGCUGGCAGCGAAAGAAUUGACUAAGCCAGAUAUGCAUGGCCUUGAGCUUGAGUUGUCGGGUAAUCCGACGUUCAGAUGGACUCGUCUGGGCGGUGGUCAAGACAUGGUCAUCCGGCCGGGUGAUAAAGCGACCUUUGAGAUUACGGUCCUCGGUAAACCUGGCCUUACUGCUGCAAAGAUCAUGUUCGAUUAUGCCCAUCUGGGUCAGCCUUUCUCGGAGGUUGAAGGUCGAGCUUUUACGCGUCAGGUUAUAGUUUCUGUUGAUAUCACUGUCAACGCAAGCAUACAGCUCCACCGGAUGGAUUUCACAGAGUUCUCUCCUGAUUUUGCUUGGGCGAAUCGAGGCCUACAGAAACAAGGUCAACGACCCAAGUCGCCACGAUCACCCUCACAUUCAGUAGAAAAGGGCAGCAAUCGCUUCCGGACCCUGCUGGAUCGCGUGGGCUUGGAAUCGAGCAAUGAAGAGCACUGUCUACUUCUUCUCGAUCUGCGCAACUCAUGGCCGAAUCCGCUCACUGUUUCCUUCCAAGUCCGAUCCUCGUCUUCUGACGAAACAUGGGAUCGAGCCUACACUGUUCAUGAGGUUAUUCAUCCUGGUCAUGUAGCACGGCUUGUCUUGCUGCUUCCACGCCUCCAUGUUGUCAACCCAUUUGCGCCCAUACCCAUCUUAUCUCAACAGAACCAGCGACAAUUCGUUGUCUCGGCCGAUGGGCCUGUAUCUGCCGACCUCGAGCGCGCAACACGGGAACAAUUCUGGUUUAGGGAGGAGGUAUUGAAGUACCUACGCGGUACGUGGGAAGAGAAAGGCUCCGAUAGGAACGGCAACAUUGAUCUUCGCGGUCUCAGAUUGAGCCCAAAGAUGAUAAACACGAUACGCCUGCAGGAUGUUGACGUCAGAAUGUCUGUAAUAGCUUCCGAAGGCGAGGAUGUCCAGCAAAGCGGCCGCAGUAGAUUUAUUGUGCCUGCAGCAAGUCUGUUGACACUGCGUACUACCAUUCACAAUAAAAGUCAUGGCACGAUCAAAGCGCUCCUGAGACUUCAGCCGAUACUCGCGGACCAGAACUCUGCGGAAGCUAGUCUGGACAUCUCUCGUCGACUUCUCAUCAGCGGAACUCUGCAGCAGGGCCUACCGGUGCUUCUACCACAUAGCUCUGCUACCAUCGAACUUGGCAUAUGCCCUCUAGCCACUGGCGAGUUUGAGAUCAGUGCGUUAGUAGAGGAAAUUGCGUUGCCAGUGCUAGGUGUAAAAGCAAUCGGCGAGGUGGAAACAGAGGAUUUUGAAGCAGGCAAGGAGGGACUUGCGAGGAAGGAGCGAAGGGUAUGGCGGGGUGAAGAGGCUUGCAGAAUAGUCGUCAUCUGACAACGCUUCCAAUGAUAAUAAUCAUCUCCAAAACGAGACUCUACCUUUCUACAGCAGGAACCAGUGACUGGAUCGUCGAUGGGGAUACUAUUUACGGGGUUCUCGAGAGGAGACAUUGUCGUUUCCGCAUAUCCUCUCUGACCUAAUUUUGAGCAUGUGGGAAGGCACAGUAUCAUUUAAACUCGACUACUUACACCGCUGAUUGACAAAAGCCGCAGAUAGAACUCUUGCAGCGAAAGGCAAAAAGAUAAGGACGGGUUAAUGGUCUGAGUUGAACCAGGGACUUGACAGACAAAAGAGAAGUCCAGGCAGCUCGUUGAACCAUUUUCCCACACUAAAUGAUUCAGACACCAUCGUAACAGGAGACCAUAUGGAGGGGUCUGAUUGGCCGCGCUACCUGGAUGGAAAGUUGUUUGUUCGAGCGGUAUAUAAAGCGUAGACUGAUGGUUCACUUGCGAAUAUUCGAGAUGGACUUAAAUUCAUCGUCACUACUAGCGC